AUGAGUUCGGACGAAGCGCACUGCCCGCCGCCGAGUCGUCAUCAUCGACGGCACCGCGAGCGCAAGUCCGACGGGGAGUCGGAUGACAAAAGCAAGGUCAGCGGAUCCAGUUCUCAGGGUCGCCCAUCCUUGUUAGAUUACCGGGGGCUUUCCGCGCCUACUGCCUGCGAUGGAUUUUCUCGUCCUUCUACAUCUUUCUUGGUCGCGGCACCUGAUGGAGGGCAGCUGCAGCAGAUAGUUCCGGGUGGCGUGGCUGCUCCCUUCUUCUCUGUGGGCGGGAGCUUGCAUGGCUUUCCCCAGCCGCAAAACGUCGCGGUCGUCCCGCAGAUGUCGCCUGCGGGAGUCAAUAUGACUGUUCAGCAGCAGUGUUCUCCGUCUCCACCUAUUUUCUUUGCCGGCCUUGGGCAUUCGCAGAUGCUUAUUCAGCAGCCGCCUCCCCCUCAGCACAUGCUAGUACAGGCUCCUGGGCAGUCCCAAGUCACGGUGGAGCCAGCGGGUCCCCAACAAAUCUCUGUCCAGCUGUGCGGAUCCCAGCAAGUAGGCCUUCAAGCCGCAGGCGCCUCUCAGCCGCAGGCCGAAGCGCAGCAGACAGGGACGCGAUUGGUCCCAGGAGACUCUUCCCAGGUGACUGCACAACCAUCAAGCAACUCUCAGCCUCAACUCAUCCUUCAGCCGCACAUUCCACAAGCCCCUGCUCAGGUUCACUCCCAGACUCUGGCACUUUCGCAACCUGGCCAGUGCAUCCCGACCCCUGCGCAAGCUUGCGCCUUGUGCCCUCAGUGCGGGGUCGCCACACAAGUGGUUUCUCCGCCAGUGGGGUCGUAUUAUCAGCCCGCCGGAAACGACUCGCAGGUUUAUAUCCUGCAGGGCCCCGCUGCGGGGGCAAGUUCGGUCAGCGCGUCAGGCACGCUCUACAGCGCCACUGCUAACCCUGAAGGCACAGCCGCCUAUUCUCCGCUAGGCGCGAUGCUGAUCCAGCAGCCACCCCACCUGCCGCAGUGUGUUUCAACUGCGGUGCCUGGACAGUCCGUGUCGAACUGCUACCCUGUUGGUCGGACGGCUACAGCCACUGUCAACGUGGUAGGGCCCCCCACAACGUCUGUGCAAACAGGCGCACCAGGGAUGAUGAUCCCCUCUGCCGGAGGAAUGCUGGUGCCGGCAGCCGAAGGCGUUGCGAUGCCUACUGUGCUACCUCAAGGAGCUGUUCUUACUGCUGCAGGCCAGGGACCUGUCGUGACAGCCGGAGGCGUCGUAUGCCAGCCACUGAUGGUGUACGCUGGGGCCACAACCCCAGCGGGACUGCCUGCGACGCUGCAUGUCAUGCCGUCAUCGCUUGCCGCCCUGCACGCUGGACAUGUCUUCAGUCGACCAGGCAGGAAGGGAGCGGGGGGCGAGGACAGCAAAGAGCAGAGAAAGAUAAGCUUUCCUUGGUGUGGAGCGUCUGAGUCGUGA